UCAUCACUUCUAGCGUUCCUUUUUCUGUUGAAUCCGUGACCUCGGCGUCAAGCUCGUGCACUUCUGAAUCUGUGCACUACACUACACGUACUCUAAUCCAGCUGCUUCCAAUAAUGCAAAAAAGAGAGAGGAAAAAACCGUAUAUUUGGAACAGCCCGCGAAUGAUAGCACACGGAAAUGUUUGGGCCAGCGUGUCCGCGACCCAUCAUCUCCUUUGGUUUUUAUUGUGGGCGAGGUCCGUGUGUCUCUGUGUGCGCAACACUCCAACCCCGCGCAUUGAAAACUCUCUCCCGCGAGAUCCAGCCAAUGGGCGACGCCCACCGUUCCCCACCGGCGGUCUCCGGUCGUCCCGGGCCCCCUCGUGCAAUAGUAACCGAUAAAGCCCAGCGUCCCGACACGCACCUCCGCCGGCACGUGCCGGUCCAUCUCGCUCCCGAUAAGGCAGUGCGGGUGUGGCCACGCCACCAACCUUCUGUAUAAAUAUUUCACUUACCCCCUCGGGAUCCCGAAGAAUCGCAUUCUCCGCGCUGCUUCACACUACUACCGUUCUUUUUUUUCGUUUCACAAGGAUCCGGAGCGAUCCGCUUUUCUGCACUCGGUUCCGGUUGAGAGGGUUUCUGCAGUUCUGCUCAUCGGAGUCGGAGGAGGAGGAGCUUCUGUCGCGUCGGGGGCCGGAGUAGGAUCUCUGCAGGGCCGAGAUGGUGGUGCAUCUCUGAGUUACUGCCUGCCUCGCGAGGUUCGUUUGGGUUCUGGUAGGCGAGAGUUGCUGGCUGGUACCUGCGGCUAGUAAUUGUAAAAGGAAGCAGUACUGGAGGAAACGAUGAGCUUCGGCGCUGUGGACAUGGAGGAGGAGAGCGGCGCGGCGGCGGCGGCGGCCGCAGCGGCGGAGGAGAUCCGCCGUCUGCCGGCCGAGGUGAACUGGGAGAUGCUCGACAAGUCGCGGUUCUUCGUCCUGGGCGCCGCGCUCUUCUCGGGCGUGUCCGCGGCGCUGUACCCGGCCGUGGUGGUGAAGACGCACCUGCAGGUGGCGCCGCCGCCGCAGGCGGCCAUGGCGACGGCCGCCUCCAUCCUCCGGCGGGACGGCCUCCGUGGGUUCUACCGCGGGUUCGGCGCGUCGCUGGCCGGCACGGUGCCCGCGCGCGCGCUCUACAUGGCGGCGCUCGAGGCCACCAAGAGCUCCGUGGGCUCGGCCGCAGUCCGGCUGGGCGUGUCCGAGCCCGCCGCGUCGGCCGCCGCCUCCGCCGCGGCGGGCGUGUCCGCGGCCGUCGCGGCGCAGGUGGUGUGGACGCCCGUGGACGUCAUCAGCCAGCGGCUGAUGGUCCAGACCCCGGCCUCCUGCCGCUACCGCGGCGGCGCGGACGCCUUCCGGAAGAUCCUCCUGGCCGACGGCGUCCGCGGCCUGUACCGCGGCUUCGGCCUCUCCAUCCUCACGUACGCGCCGUCCAACGCGGUGUGGUGGUCGACCUACGCCGUGGCGCAGCGGUGCAUGUGGCGCGCCGUGGGGACCGAGCGCUCCGAGAGCUGCGCCUCGCUGAUGGCCGUGCAGGGCGCCAGCGCGGCCGUGGCCGGGGCCGCCUCGGCGCUGGUGACCAUGCCGCUCGACACCGUGAAGACGCGGCUGCAGGUGAUGGAGGCCGACGCGGCGGCGGCGGCGGGGAGGCCCACGCUGGCGAGCACCGUCCGCGGGCUGCUCAAGGAGGGCGGCUGGGCGGCGUGCUACCGUGGGCUGGGGCCGAGGUGGGGGUCCAUGUCGCUGUCCGCGGCCACCAUGGUGACCACCUACGAGUUCCUCAAACGGCUCUCCGCCAAGGACGGCUCCUUGGGCUAGAUCCAUCCUUCCUUCGCCGUCCUUGUUAAUUAACCGUAACGAUCGUCAAGCGACUGCGUGUCCCCGCCGUCGUCCUCGAAGUCGAAGAACGAAGCGAUCGAUCCAUGGGGAUGGGGGGGUUAAUUAGGUGUCCUCUCUUCUCUCUUGUACAUAUUGCUCAUCAGGUUAUUUGCCGUCCUUCUUGUUUUCUUGAUCCGGCGCUAUAGAGGGUGGGCAGGAAGAAGACGAAGAACUAGAAGGGGUUUUAGGAUGCAAAAAUUUUGCUGUGGGCUGUGGCCAAGGCGCCAUGCUGCUGCUUUUGAUGAUGAUGAUGAAAACUUGUGUGAAAUGAAGAACUUCUAUCCAAAAACUUGCGUCGAUUUCCCUGCCCCUGUACAGUA